UUUCCCCUCCAAAAACUUCGCUUCAUUUUAUUCUCGUCUCUCCCUCAGUCUGCAAUUCUAGGGCUAGGGCAUCCAUUUUUGUGCAUUCAUGUCGCGCUCGGAGGAUCCCCUUUCAAACGGAUCUGGUUCUUCUACAGGAGAAGAGGAAGAAGAAGAGCAACAAACUAACUCAGAUGAUGAAGAAGAAAUCGAAGCAGUAGCAAGAGAAGCUGGUUCUGAUGAUGAUGAUGAUGAUUCUCCAUUGCCAGAUGGAGCUGAGGGAGACGAUGAAGUGGAAGAGGGUGAACCAUCAUCAAAUGCUGAAAUGGGAAAGCGCGAAAGGGCCAGGUUGCGUGAAAUGCAAAAGCGUAAGAAACAAAAGGUCCAAGAAAUUCUUGAUGCACAGAAUGCAGCCAUAGAUGCUGACAUGAACAACAAAGGGAAGGGCCGUUUGAAAUAUCUUCUACAACAGACGGAGAUAUUUGCUCAUUUUGCCAGAGGUGCUCAAUCUGCUGCAGAAAAAAAACCAAGGGGCAGGGGCCGCCAUGCUUCUAAAGUAACUGAAGAGGAGGAGGAUGAGGAAUGUCUAAAGGAGGAAGAGGAUGCUUUAGCUGGUUCUGGAAGUACACGGCUAAUGGCACAGCCAUCUUGUAUUCAAGGCAAGAUGAGAGAUUACCAACUAGCUGGACUGAAUUGGUUGAUACGUUUGUACGAGAAUGGUAUUAACGGGAUUCUUGCUGAUGAAAUGGGUCUCGGAAAAACCUUGCAAACUAUCUCUCUAUUGGGUUAUUUACAUGAGUUCAGAGGAAUCACUGGUCCUCACAUGGUGGUAGCCCCAAAAUCAACUCUUGGAAACUGGAUGAAGGAAAUUCGUCGCUUUUGCCCGAUUUUACGUGCUGUGAAAUUUCUUGGCAAUCCAGAAGAAAGGAAGCAUAUACGUGAGAAUUUGUUGGCGGCUGGAAAGUUUGACAUAUGUGUCACAAGUUUUGAAAUGGCAAUUAAAGAAAAAACAGCAUUGCGCCGUUUCAGUUGGCGCUAUGUUAUAAUUGAUGAGGCUCAUCGGAUAAAGAAUGAGAAUUCUCUUCUCUCUAAAACAAUGAGACUUUACAACACCAAUUACCGUCUACUUAUAACGGGGACUCCUCUUCAGAAUAACCUACAUGAGCUCUGGUCACUCCUCAAUUUUCUUCUUCCCGAGAUAUUUAGCUCUGCUGACACAUUUGAUGAAUGGUUUCAAAUUUCGGGCGAUAAUGAUCAGCAGGAGGUUGUUCAGCAGCUUCAUAAGGUCCUUCGUCCAUUUCUUCUCCGAAGGUUGAAAUCUGAUGUUGAAAAAGGCUUGCCACCUAAAAAGGAAACAAUACUCAAAGUUGGCAUGUCCCAAUUACAAAAGCAAUAUUACAAGGCUUUGCUUCAGAAAGAUUUAGAAGUAGUUAAUGCUGGUGGGGAGCGCAGGCGCCUUUUGAAUAUUGCUAUGCAAUUGCGAAAAUGCUGUAAUCACCCAUAUCUUUUCCAAGGUGCUGAACCGGGUCCUCCCUAUACAACAGGCGAUCAUCUAAUAACAAAUGCCGGUAAGAUGGUUCUUUUGGACAAAUUGCUUCCGAAACUAAAAGAGCGAGAUUCCAGAGUUCUAAUAUUUUCACAGAUGACUCGGCUGUUGGAUAUUUUAGAAGAUUAUUUAAUGUAUCGUGGGUAUAUGUAUUGCCGAAUUGAUGGCAAUACUGGUGGGGAGGACCGUGAUGCUUCCAUUGAUGCCUUCAAUCAGCCAGGAAGUGAGAAGUUUAUUUUCCUGCUCUCAACCAGAGCAGGUGGUCUGGGUAUUAACCUUGCCACAGCUGAUGUUGUUAUUCUCUAUGAUAGUGAUUGGAAUCCUCAGGUAGAUCUACAAGCUCAGGAUCGUGCUCAUCGGAUUGGCCAAAAGAAAGAAGUUCAAGUGUUCCGAUUCUGCACUGAGUAUACCAUUGAGGAGAAGGUGAUAGAGAGGGCCUAUAAAAAGCUUGCACUUGAUGCUUUAGUUAUCCAACAAGGUCGCCUAGCUGAGCAGAAGACCGUGAACAAGGAUGAACUGCUGCAAAUGGUAAGAUUUGGUGCGGAGAUGGUUUUCAGUUCCAAGGACAGCACCAUAACAGAUGAGGAUAUAGACAGAAUUAUAGCCAAGGGAGAAGAGGCAACAGCAGAACUUGAUGCAAAAAUGAAGAAAUUUACAGAAGAUGCCAUCAAGUUCAAGAUGGAUGAUACUGCUGAUCUAUAUGAUUUUGGUGAUGAAAAGGAGGAAAACAAGGCUGAUUUUAAGAAACUUGUCAGUGACAACUGGAUUGAGCCCCCUAAACGUGAGCGCAAGCGCAACUAUUCGGAGUCAGAUUAUUUCAAGCAAGCAAUGCGACAAGGGGGUCCAGCAAAACCGAGAGAGCCUCGUAUUCCUCGCAUGCCACAGUUGCACGAUUUCCAGUUCUUUAACACCCAACGUCUUAGUGACUUAUAUGAGAAAGAAGUACGCUAUCUCAUGAUAACCCAUCAGAAAAAUCAACUGAAGGACACAAUUGGGGAAGGGGAUGAUGUUGAAGAAGUAGGUGAACCGCUCACUGCUGAGGAGCAGGAAGAAAAGGAGCGACUUUUGGAAGAGGGAUUUUCUACCUGGGCAAGGAGGGACUUCAAUACAUUCAUUAGAGCUUGUGAAAAGUAUGGCCGUAAUGACAUAAAAGGCAUCGCUUCUGAGAUGGAAGGAAAAACAGAAGAGGAAGUGGAGAGAUAUGCAAGGGUCUUCAAAGAGAGAUUCCGGGAGUUAAAUGAUUAUGAUAGGAUAAUUAAAAAUAUUGAGAGGGGAGAAGCACGAAUAUCUCGUAAAGAUGAGAUCAUGAAAGCAAUUGGUAAGAAGUUGGAUCGAUAUAAGAAUCCAUGGCUGGAACUGAAGAUUCAAUAUGGCCAGAACAAAGGGAAACUAUACAAUGAAGAAUGUGAUCGUUAUAUGUUAUGCAUGGUUCACAAACUUGGUUAUGGAAAUUGGGAUGAGCUGAAGGCUGCUUUUCGGACAUCCCCGCUUUUCCGUUUUGAUUGGUUUGUGAAGUCCCGUACUGUUCAAGAACUUGCCCGGCGUUGUGAUACUCUGAUUAGGUUGGUGGAGAGGGAGAAUCAAGAAUAUGAUGAGAGAGAGAGACAGGCAAGAAAAGACAAGAAGCUUGCAGCCAAGAAUCUGACACCAACGAAGCGAUCUGCAUCAAAGUUGGCCUUGGAGCCUGCGAAGAAACGGAAGCAGGCAAUGAUGGAUGACUACUUGAGCUCGGGAAGGAAGCGGAAGUGAUGGUAAAAAAGCUCUUUUUGAGGCAAGAGUUGUGAUACUAAUUCUCUGUUAAUGGUUAACAUUUUUUUGGGUAAUUAAAGUUGAUGGUUAACAUGAGCAUGGAAAAGCUCUGUUCCCAUAUAUUUGUAGAUGGUAGACCAGGAUUUUGGGUAGGACAUUCAGUUAAAAAUCUGCUUAUGUCAUCCCUACACGUAUAGUCUCUCUGUCUGUGUCUCGUAUUAUAUAUCAUUGUAUGCCUUUUUAAGGCAUUGUAGACGGCUGUGCUGUGUUUCUUAUUUUUCUCUUAGGACACGGCAAUAGCCCUUCUAUGUUGUAUAGAUUUUCCCUCUAUAUAAAUCAACAACCAUGAUGUAGCACUCGAAGAGCCCCUUGGCUCCUUAAAUCAGCAUGAAUUUAUACCUGGCUAGA